AUGGAAGACGGACAGAUCAGCAUGAAGUUCAAAUCGACAGUUGAAGAUGAUGAUAAAACUCCAAAGCAACAUGGGUCCGAGGAUAUUCCAGGAAGCAAGCAGGGAGGUGUCGUGAACGUCAUUGUGUCAGGUUUAGCCCUGUUCAGUGAUGGGUACAAUGCACAGAUUAUUGGCUACAUGGAGCCAUUGUUCUCCGUUCUAUACAAGGACGGCAUGUCCAGCAUGAUCAAGACUCGGCUCUCGAAUUCCUAUCUUAUUGGGGAGAUCUUCGGAAUGCUCUCCUUUGGUGUCCUCAUCGACCGAGUAGGUCGAACGACUGGUAUAGUCGCAGCCACUAUACUUCUGGUCCUCGGAAUCGUCUUGGCUGCAGCCGCUCAUGGGAUAUCGGAAUUGGGAAUGUUUUGGAUGAUGAUUGUCGCCCGCGGCAUCGCCGGCGUUGGCGCCGGCGGUGAGUAUCCUGUCUGCGGCGCGAGCGCGACUGAAGCAGCAGACGAGACUGCUGAUUUGAGGCGAAAGAGGGGCUUCUUGGUCGCGAUAACCACCGACUUCGCUAUUGACCUGGGUUUUGUGGCUGCAGGAAUUGUAUCUCUCAUUGUUCUUGCUUGCUUCCAACAAGAGGUCAAAGGCGGCGUAUGGCGGGUUUCCUUCAUCAUCGGUAUUGUGCUUCCCAUUCUCAUUUUCUUCCUCCGAAUCCGCAUGGUCAACUCGACACAAUACCGGAAGCAUGCCAUCAAAUCGAAGUACCCAUAUAUGCUUGUCUUGAAGAGGUACUGGAAACCUAUGCUGGGCACCUGUUGCAUAGUGGGUGGGCUGCUGAUGGAUCGUAUCGGACGUAAACAAAACAUGACCCUCGGAUUCAUGCUCUGCGCUGUUUGGGGAUUCAUCUUGGGAGGAGCACUCCGCCCUAUCCAGUCUGUGUUCCCCUUAUUCGUUGUAAUGUAUGGCAUUUUCAACGCCUUUCAAGAGAUGGGUCCGGGCGUAUCGACUUUCCUCUGCGCCUCAGAGUCAUUUCCAACCCCGCUUCGAGGUCACUUCAUGGGAUUGGCAGCAGCUGUUGGCAAGGCUGGCGCUGCCAUUGGGACAGAAGUAUUCACUCCGAUCCAGAACUCUUUCGAUUCCACCUUCAAAGGUCAGCAGGCCGUGUUCUUGAUUGGUUCUGGGUUCGCUGUGCUUGGAGGCCUUUGUUCGUGGUUCCUAAUCCCGGACAUGUCCCGUGAGCUGGAGACCGAAGAUGCUCGUUUCAAGGCUUAUCUGGAAGAAAAUGGGUACGAUAUCAGCCACUACGGGGAAGCGUUGUUGGUGGAGCGAAGAAAUUGA